CAUCAAUAGAGUGUCAGUUGAAAGGUGUUCAGCCAACAAAUCGUCGAAGCAAAAGGGAAAAAAAUUAAAAAAAAAAACCAAACAUGAAAUUUUAUUUGUGUUUAUCCAUUUGUGCUGUAGUCCUUAUGGGUGGGGCCCUGGCCGAAUACGAAGAAUACAAGGAAAUGGCCACGAAAUGCAUGGAGCAAAACAAUAUCACGGAAGACGAAUUCGAGGCCAUACCCAAAGGUGAGGACUUCGAUCCCGAAACCUUGGAUGAACGUUUCAAAUGUUUCACCCACUGUAUGGUCGAGGAUAUGGGUUAUUUGGAUGAGACCGGAAAGUUGGAUUUGAGCAAGUUGGAACAAGAUGAACGUGUUACCCAGGAACACAUGGAUGCUGCCAUCAAAUGUAAGGCUGAAAAUGAAUUUAUCGAUGAACCUUGCGAGUAUAGUUUCAAAAUGAUGACCUGUGCUCUGGACGCCAUGAUGUGAACGAGGUUAGGAGGAAGGGAGGAAAAUGUACUGGAAUAGAAUUA